CGUUAAAUACACAACACCGCUAUGUUUUAUUCUCAUGUCGAAGCUCACAAAAUAAUAGGAUUACAAGUUUUAAAAAUGUCGUCAAUGUAAGUUGACACGAGACGACAGCAGUUUGUGAAGCUGUUAGUUGGUAGCACACAUCGCCUUAAUCCAGUGGCUUUAAGGUUACAAGACAAUAAGAGUGGUUGAUUGUGAUUCCAAAAUUAUUUCAUUUCAAGUACAUCCGUCAAACACAAACAUAUUUGCCAAAAUGUUUAAUCUGUAUCAGCACAUGAAGGCGAACAAUGAAGGAAAAGAAGGGAAGGAACCGGAAACAACAGGACAUGAUCGUUAUUAUCAGGAACGUCCAAGAUCCAGUUACAGAAAGAAAAAACGGAAAGGUGCAUGUAGAAGAGCACAGUCAGCUGCUGAAUUAAAUCCUGAAUCCAUUGCGGCAGCUAAUAAAAGAAAUGCAUUUAAAAUACGUUCUGUCUCCACAGAUAAAGAAGACAGUGAAGACGAAAACUCGGAUCGCACCCCAUUAGUAGCUCAGAAAAUAGAUUAUCUAGCAAAGCUAUUGUUCAAUAAAGCAUUUAUUGGAUCCGGAUCUGAGAAGAAUUCGCCAUCGGAUUCUUCGGCAAAAUAUUCGGAAUGUUCAAUAGAAAGUGAAGUGGCAAUGUCGAUUUGCUCUGAAUAUCUUUCUAAACGGAAGAGAUAUUCGUUAUUGCUACCAUUAAAUUCUAUCGGUUUUCGGUCAAAUAAGCAUUGGUUUGCGAUACACGAUAAUUCCCUUAAAACGAAGAGACUGCUGACAUUGAUGCCACUAACCAGUACGUGUCCGAUAGAGCCGUGUGAAAGGACCCAGGGUCUCAUCAUAGAGCUGCUCCGAGCUCUCCAUCACCCUUAUAUCUACCCGGUGCUGGAUCUCGAGAUAUGUAACGGUCACGCUCUAGCAGUUGUUCCUUUCAAUUCGAAAGGCAGUUUGAAGGACUUACUAUACAAGAGCACUUGGAGUGAAGAGUAUUUAAAAAAGUAUAAUUCAGUCGGAUCGGGAUUGCCAGCUUCGCAAGUCGCUAGAUUUGGGCGGCAAAUUUUAGAAGGUCUAUUAUUUCUCAAAGACAAAGGAUUCCCCACUUUUAGGCAUUUACAUUCUGGCAAUGUAAUAAUACAAAAUGGUGUUGCCAGAAUAUGUGGCUUAGAGAAUACUCUAAUAGGUGCACCACCUAAGUUUCGUUAUGCAAACUCAGUCCCCUUGGAGCAUGUGGAGGCUUUGUCACUUGGUUAUGUGAUGUUUGAAAUGUGUGCCGCCACCGACACGGAUAUUUCAAUUUUACCCGAUUUUCAGGCAAAUUACCCUCAAGUGGUCGAAAUCUUGGAAAUGAUAUUCGGUCCAAGAACGCCGAGUUUACACGAAUUGGUGAUGUGUGAACUGUUUAGGAAGAUUGACCUUCGAGAGAUGAAAGGAUCCUGUCUUCCAAACUUUAGCCAGCGGCUAUCCCAUUCCUGUCUCUCCUUGCUCAGUGAAGUAUCGCGACAGUCUACUUCAAGAAGCGAUUCUACUCCAAGGAUAAAGGGGGACUUUGUAGAACCCGGAAAAUUAAAUCGCGAUCCCAAGCCAACAGGAAUUUCAAAGAGUGAUUCUUUUACUCCAGGGAAUAAAACAAAUGAUUUUUGCCAGCCGAGGAGUUUUAGAGGAGAUGUUAACCCAUCGAGAGAGUUUGAUGACUCCUUAUUAGAUGACUCUAAUCAGUUUAUCAAGCGAAGUGAUGUUUCGACUCCCAAAAUAGUUCGUUCGGAUGCAUUUGAAGCCCCAAGUACCCCAACGAUGAGAAGGAGACGAUACCUUCAUAAGCAAGACUCAACGGAUUCUUGGUGAUAUCUACUUUACAUUACUUAGUUUAUAUACCUAGCUAUAUAUUUAUAUUGUUAUUAUAUUUAGUUAUGUUUACUGGAUAAUCUACUUAUUACCUACAUGUUAUUGUAUUAUAUAAUGUAUUCUGUCAAUUAAAAAUAUACGUUUCGCUAAUU